AUGUCUGUCUGGAAUCCGGAUAACAUUAGGGAUGUUGCUGAGUCCGCUGGUCUCACAAACCUCAGCCAUGAUGUGACCGAAAAUCUCGCCCGCGACGUGGAAUACCGAGUCGCGCAAGUCCUAGAGGAGGCACUCAAGGCCAUGCGCCAAGGAAAGCGCACAGUCUUAACAACUCAGGAUAUCUCACUUGCUCUACGGAACCUCGACGUGGAACCUCUUUAUGGAUAUGAAUCUCUUCGCCCGUUGCGCUUCGGGGAGGCCUCGCUGGGACCCGGUCAACCGCUGUUCUAUCUUGAAGACGAGGAGGUGGACUUUGAGAAGUUGAUCAAUGCUCCAUUGCCCAAAGUACCCCGGGAGGUGUCUUUCACAGCCCAUUGGCUCGCUGUGGAAGGUGUGCAGCCAUCCAUUCCCCAGAAUCCGACAGCCGCAGACUCCCGGAACCUCGAGCUGGUCUCGAAGGGUCCCAAUGCCAAUUCCACAUUAGCAGCGAUGAGUGGGACGGGUGACGUGGCUGUGAAACCCUUGGUAAAGCAUGUGCUCUCCAAGGAGUUGCAGUUAUACUUUGAGAAGGUCUGCAGUGCCUUCUUGGACGAGACAAGUGAGGACUACCGGACCUCUGGGUAUGCUAGCCUACGGGAAGACCCUGGUUUGCACCAGCUCGUACCAUACUUUGUCCAGUUCAUUGCCGAGAAGGUCACACACGGUCUCAAGGACAUUUUUGUUCUGACGCAAGUGAUGCACAUGGCUGAGGCUCUGGUGCAGAACCAAUCUCUCUACGUUGACCCAUAUGUCGCGUCUCUGGUACCUUCUAUUUUGACGUGUCUGAUUGGCCGACAGCUCGGCGGAGCUGCUGAUGUGUCCGAGCAGUGUGCUCUUCGGGAUUUGGCUGCUUCGCUCCUCGGUCUCAUUGCCAAGAAAUACUCUCAUUCAUCUCACAUGCUCAAGCCCCGUCUUGUACGCUCGUGCCUGAAGACCUUCCUCGACCCCUCCAAGCCGUUCGGUGCCCAUUAUGGUGCUGUAAUUGGCAUGCACGCGGUCGGCGGUACUGAGGUGAUUCGCGUACUUGUCGUUCCGAAUCUCAGUGAAUACUCGAAGCUUCUCAGUGAUGGACUCGAUGAUUCUGCCCGUCGACCUGCCGCUGAGCGUGUUCUCAAUGCUCUACUUGCGGUCCUGGCUUCUCUUCGGGAUAGCCAUGCAUCCCUAGCAAAUGGUCACCCUGAUGUUGUGAACGACGAGCUUCGAUCUCGAUUGGCCGGUAAGGUCGGCGAACUCCUUGCUGCCAAAAUUGCCGAAGCCAAUGAAGUGCAACUAGCCUACAUGCUUCUUGAAUCAUAG